ACUAGUGACAGACUUGUCUUCUAAUUGUUUUAUUUUCGCCCUAAAAAUGUUCAUUGGACGCCGAGGGAUGCCGAAGAAGAUAUACAGCGACGACGCCACCAAUUUCGUCGGCGCCGACCGCAAGCUGCGCGAGCUGAGAGACGCGUUCCUAGCCCAUCAACCAGAGGUAGAGAAAUACGCGGCGACCGAAGGAUUCAGCUUCGACUUUAUACCACCCAGGGCGCCGCACUUCGGCGGGUUGUGGGAAGCGGCAGUGAAGUCCACCAAACACCUUCUCGUGCGCGCAAUCGGCAACGCGCUGCUCAUCGCCGAAGAACUGCAAACGCUGCUCGCGGAAAUAGAGGCGAUUCUGAACUCUCGGCCACUCACACCAAUGAGCCAGGACCCCAACGACGGCGAGGCGCUAAUACCAGCGCAUCUGCUAAUUGGAUGCCCACUGCGGGCGCUACCACCAGCGCAGGUACCAACGGACCCAAUGCGUUGCUGCGACAGAUGGCAACUUGUUUGCUGUCUUAAGCAACAUUUUUGGCGACAGUGGUCCAAGAAUUACCUCACGGGCCUUCAGGAGCGCAACAAAUGGCUCUACCCGCAGCGCAAUCUGCAGCUCAACGACCUCGUCCUGGUUCAGGAGGACAAUAUCCCAACUCAGCAGUGGGUGCUCGGCCGCUCGCCGCAAUCGUUCCAGAGCUAGACGGCAAGGUUCGAGUCGCAGACGUCGUAACCAAAGCGGGCGUAACUAAGCGCCCAAUUCACAAACUCGCGCACUACCCGUUGAAGUUGAAGGAUCCUGAUCCUGUCAAGGUGGCCGGUGUUGCGCCAGAUUUUCUAGUUUUGAAUUCCUAAUUGAAAAUGAGUUAUUAACAUAAAUAUAUUUCGAAAUUAAAUUAUUAUACUUACCUCACUUACUAAAUAAACCUAUUGUCUAACAUACUUACCACUUACAUACAUAUUUACCCGAUUUAUAUUCAACUACCUAUUUGCUCUAUACUUACCUUAUUUACAUAUUUCUACAUGCAUACUUACAUUAUUAUUGUACAUAAUUUCUUAAAGCCGUUGAACUCAUAUACUUGUUAUGUACAUAAUAACAACUACCCUAAGCCGUUAGUUUUAAGUCGUAG